AGAAGACGCAGCAGCACGCGCGUGGAAGCUCGGAAGCUCAACUCUGACUCGACUUUUUUUUCCCCCUCUCUCUCUCUCUCUCUCUCUCUCUUUUUUCUCAUUUCGUCCGCGUCACUUUAAAAAAAGCGCGAAUGAGCCCACUCGCUCUUUUUACCUGUUGAUGAAGUCCCGCCGGGUGCGUGGGCGCAGAGGAGAGGCCGACUUUCUUCCCGCGGAGGGAAAGCGCGAGAGGGGCGCGUGCGACCCAGCAGCAGCCUAGCGGCCGGGACGAGGCGAGCGAGGGACGUCGGCUCCGUCUUCUCCCCCACAGUCGCAGCCCGUGCUGGCUCGGUGGAAAAUGGGCACCGCGGCGGCGUCGGUCCGUGGACUUACCCUGACGCUGAUCCUCGCGUGCCAGCUGCUGACCGUGACUCAGGCAUCCAAGGUGUGGGGAGAGGUUCCUCUGCCAGAAGACCUGGAAGUAGGGAAGGCUGUACGAGCGUCUCGAAGUUUACUGGAUGAUGAUGAGGACUUUGCUGCUGAUGAAGCUUCAGGAGACUUGCCCCAUGGAGGGGAGGAUGGAAGUGCAACGUGGCCCUCAGGCUCCGACACCACAAUACACUGGCAGGAUUCACAUAUGGGGAGCAUAAAGAGCCCAGUCGAACCAAUUUCCAUUUAUUACAGAGCCCUAGUGAACUUCACCGACUCCCUGGUCUAUGGCCCUGAGCUUGAGGACAUCAACUCUGAAGAAUUUAUUGAGAUCUCUGAAGCAGUAGUGGACACACUGGAGUCAGAGUACAACAGGAUUCCAGGCGUCCAGACAGUUAACGUGGUUCUCAUCAAGAGGAUCAUAAGAGACGAUGGCGUGGACAUAUUUGUUGAGUUGGACGUGGGUUCUGAUAACAACGGCAACGAUGAGCAGAUCCGCAGUGUGCUGUACAACGUAGUGUUGGAAGGAGCCAUCGCCUCCUAUAACACGUCAAUCCAGGGUUUUCAGUUCAGGCGGCUUGGGGAAGAAUCUCAGCCUCGAGAGGAAACUUUAUCGAUAGCAGUGCAAACCAACAUGAGACCCUGUGUGUUUGAUGAGUACCGCUGUGGUGAUGGGACAUGUAUCUUGAAGGAGUACGUGUGUGACAAUAGGCCAGACUGCAGAGACAUGAGCGAUGAGCUCAAUUGUGGUGAAAUUCCCCUUCCUCCAGUUUUUACCACUUUCCCCACCACAACCACCACAACUUCUACAAGAAAGCCCCCACGCCCUCCUAGUGUACCAGGACCCUGCAAAGCUGAUCAGGCCACAUGCCAGAGUGGCGGGUGCAUCCUUAGAGACUACGUGUGUGAUGGAGAGACAGACUGCUCAGAUGGAAGUGAUGAAUUUAGAUGUGGUACUCCAUCCCCUUGUGAACCUAAUGAGUUCAAGUGUAAAAAUGGUCGCUGUGCACUCAAGCUUUGGCGUUGCGAUGGAGACAACGACUGCGAGGACAACUCAGAUGAAACAGACUGCCCCACCAAGCGUCCUGGUGAUAGGUGCGCUCCUGAACAGUUUGAAUGCCUGAGCGAUCGCAGAUGCAUCCCGGCUAGUUACCAGUGUGAUGAAGAGGCAGACUGUCCCGAUCGCUCCGAUGAGUAUGGUUGCACCCCUCCCUCUGUGACAAGUCCACCUGAAGAGUCAAUUCUAGCAGCACGGGGUUCAACUGUGAGGUUCACCUGUCAGGCGAUUGGAGUGCCAACACCAAUUAUCACCUGGAGACUCAACUGGGGACACAUUCCUGCCAGCGGCAGAAUCUCCAUGAUCAGCGAGAAUGGCCGCGGCACCCUAACCAUAAGUGAUGUAAAGGAGGCAGAUCAGGGGGCUUACACAUGCGAGGCCAUCAAUGCUAAAGGUCUGGUGUUUGGUAUCCCAGACGGAGUGCUAACACUUACGUCCAAUUCAAAUCCAGGCAACUGCCCUGAUGGUCACUUCAGUGUGGGGGGCCGCUGUGUGUCCUGCUUCUGUGCUGGAAUCACCAAAAACUGCAAGAGCACUGGUCGCUACCGUGACCAGAUUAGUCUGCAGUUCACUGAAGAGGAAAACUUUAAAGGAGUGAAUGUCACCUACCCAUCCAGGCCAGGCACGCCUCCUCUGUCCUCUACUCAGCUCCUCAUUAACCCAGAAAUGGAGGAGUUCCAGCUGGUCGACCUUUCUCGUCGUUUUCUUAACUUGGAGUCCUUCUGGACUUUGCCUCGCCAGUUCCUGGGCAACAAGAUUGAUUCCUAUGGAGGGUCCUUGAAGUACAAGGUGCGGUACACACUGGCCCGCGGUCUGUCUGAGCCUGUGCAGAAGCCCGAUGUGAUUCUGGUCGGCAAUGGACACAGGCUCGUGUACCGCAGAGGCAGCGGCACGCCUGCCCGAGUGGUCAACCAGAAACAAAUCAUGUUCACUGAAGAUAAAUGGCAGCAUUCGAAUGGCCGAUCUGUGAGCCGUGAGGAUCUGAUGAUGACGUUGGCCAACCUGGACAGCAUCAGCAUCCGCACGGUCUAUGACAACCACAUGGUCAGCGUGGGUCUCGGUGACAUCGUCAUGGAUACCACCACGGUGGAGUUCAGCAAUAGCGGCCCAGCGAAGGACGUUGAAGAGUGCAGAUGUCCGCCUGGAUAUACAGGCCUGUCCUGUGAGAUGUGCUCCUCUGGUUUCGAACGUGUCCCUGAUGGCCUCUAUCUUGGCACCUGUGCUGGGUGUAAUUGUAAUGGACACGCCAGCGCCUGUGACCCAAUCAGUGGACACUGUCUGAGCUGCCAGCACAACACAGAAGGGUCUCAGUGUGACAAGUGUCGCCCAGGAUACUUUGGUGACCCGAGCCGAGGUCGGCACGAUGACUGUAAGCCCUGCCCCUGCCCGUACUCCGAGACCUCACGGCGGUUUUCUGAUACCUGCUUCUUGGAUGUUGAUCAACAGCCAACGUGUGAUGCCUGCAGACCUGGUUACACAGGCAGACGCUGUGACAAAUGUGCUCCCGGUUACCAAGGCAACCCCAUGCUGCCAAAUGGAAAAUGUGUUCGUAACCAAAUGGUCAAUUGUGAUAACAGAGGAACCAUCAGUUCCAGCAGCAGGCCGUGCAGCUGCAAGAGUAACGUGGCAGGCGCGCACUGCGAAGAGUGUAAGCCUGGGUUCUUCCAUCUGUCUGAGACCAACCCUGAAGGCUGUCUACGUUGCUUCUGUAUGGGCGUCUCCAAAGAGUGUGCCAGCUCUACUUGGAGUAGAGAUCAGGUGCAUGGAGGGGUGAAUGGACAACUCUAUGUCCUCUCCAACAGUGCCAACACUAGAACGAUCUCCGAAGGCAUCUUCCAGAGGGGCUCAUCUGAAGUAGUCUACCGCGCCUUCUCCAGUAUCCCCCAUGAUACCUACUACUGGGUUCUGCCCCAGAGCUUCAGAGGCGAUAAGGUGACGGCCUAUGGUGGGGAUCUUCAGUACAUAGUGCGCUUUGAAGCAUUUGAGCGCACGCUGGUGAGUGAAAGCCAUCCAGACGUGGUUCUUCAGGGAAAUGGCAUCUUCCUGGAGCACUACUCCAAGGCCAAGGCGAUACCUGGGAUACCACAAAUCAUCACUGUGACCUUCAGAGAGAGUGAAUGGCGUCGCGCUGAUGGGCAGCCAUGCACUCGUGAGCACCUUCUGAUGGCCCUGGCUGAUGUCACCGUCUUCAUGAUUCGAGCCACCUACGCAGAAAUCAUGGAAGAAAGCAGCCUCAUGGACAUAAAGAUGGACAUUGCUGUGCCUCGCUCUACUGGGAAUGAACUUGCUGUGGAGGUGGAAGACUGUGCCUGCCCCCAGGGCUACAGAGGAUCCUCCUGCCAGGAGUGUGAUGAUGGUUACACUCGGACGAGCUCUGGCCUGUACCUGGGCACAUGCGAGAGGUGUGACUGUAAUGGCCACGCCAGCAGCUGUGACCCAGAGACUGGCGCAUGUCUGCAAUGUCUCCAUAACACCGCUGGGCCAAGGUGUGAUCUCUGCCAGACUGGUUUCUAUGGAAGCCCUGUAGCGAGUGGUGCUCAGGCCUGUCAGCCAUGCCCCUGUCCUGGAACGUCAUCCAGCACCCAGUUCUCCCCUACCUGUUAUCUGGAGUCUGAUGGUCAGCCGACCUGUGACAAGUGCCCCCCUGGGUACGCUGGCCGUCAGUGUGAAAGGUGUGCCCCAGGAUACACUGGAAACCCACGGCUCGGACAGAGAUGCAAAGUCAGCAAUGAAGUCAAUGGUAACUGCUAUAGAUGUGAUCCAAGCGGCAGCGAAAGCUGCAGUGGUGGUGUGUGCCGCUGCAAGAUGAAUGUUGAAGGUCAGUCUUGCUCCAGCUGUAAGCCUGGAACCUUCCAUCUGAGCCAGCAAAACAAAGACGGCUGCUUGUCUUGUUUCUGUAUGGGGGUCACUCAGCAGUGCUCCAGCUCUACCUACUACAGAGACCGGGUGUCCUCAGUCUUCUCUCCAGGGAACUUCCAGGGUUUUGCUCUGGUGAACCGCCAGCGCACCAACCGCAUCUCCACUGGAUUCUCUGUGGAGGUUUCCACUGAAGGCACUCAGCUGUCCUACAGCAACUUUGACUACCUGGGACAGGAGCCGAACUACUGGCAGCUUCCAGGGGUUUACCAGGGAGACAAGAAAGCUCCUUUAUUUACUCGUGCGAAACGAGCACAACAGCGUGAUGUCAGACAGUUGGACGAUGAGGUCUGGGCUCUCCUCUCUAACGGACGAACGGGUUCCCCUCCGCACCUUCCCACCUCCUCCUCUAAAUCAUCCUCCUCUUUUUCUUCCUUUCGCAUCCCAACUUCCCCUUCCUCCUCUUCAACCUCUCGAUGGUCUUUGAAUAGCCUGAGCCCCCCUUCUCCUCCAUCUGGUAACCCCUCUUCAGUUAGACCUACCAGACCCCAACCAUACUCCCCAGGUCACGCUCCUCAUCCGCAGUAUGCUCUGGUCUACAAAGGUUUCAGCUUGCAUCACGAUGAUCUGCUCUACUGGCAGCUCCCAGUGCAGUUCAAGAGGAACAAGGUGGGUUCCUACGGUGGCAAACUCAAAUACACCAUCUCGUAUGUGGCGGGUCCAAGGGGAACCCUGAUUGAGGAUCCUGAUGUGCAGAUCAUUGGUAACGACAUCACUUUGGUAGCUCGGCUGCCAUGGCAGAGGCAGCAGCAAGGCAGCAGAGAAAGCAAUCAGUUUGAGAUUGUCUUCAGGGAGGAAUACUGGCGGCGUCCUGAUGGAAUGCCCGCCACCCGGGAGCACCUGAUGAUGGUUCUGGCUGAUCUGGAUGACGUCCUUAUCCGAGCAUCUUACGCCAGUGAGAUGCGAUCCUCCAGUAUCUCUGACAUCAGCAUGGAAGUCGCUGUGCCCAACUACAGUGGCUUGGCACAGGCCCUGGAGGUGGAGCAGUGCCGCUGCCCACCCGGAUACCAGGGACUCUCCUGCCAGGACUGUGCACCUGGAUAUACCCGCACUGGAGGAGGUUUAUACCUGGGUCACUGUGAACUCUGUGAGUGCAACGGCCAUUCCGACUCCUGCCACCCUGAGACUGGCACCUGCACGAGCUGUCUGCAUAACACCCAGGGUGAGCUCUGUGAUCAGUGUGCGCCAGGCUUCUUCGGUGACCCCACGGUUGGCACGCCCGAGGACUGUCAGCCCUGCGCCUGCCCUCACACUGACCCUGACAACCAGUUCUCUCCCACCUGUGAGAGCCUUGGAAAUGGAGGCUACCAGUGCACUGCCUGCCAGCCUGGCUACACUGGACAAUACUGUGAACGCUGUGCUCCUGGAUAUGUUGGCAACCCACAGGAGAGAGAGAAGUGUCAUCCAUAUACUGAUGCAGGCUCUCUGGUGGUGAAGGUCAACCCGCCAAAGAUCAAGGUGUCUCAGGGUGGCCCCGUGACUCUGAGCUGCGAGGUGUCCAGCUACCCUCCGCAUCACUUCUUCUGGUCUAGAGAGGACAGACGGCCCAUUUCUAGCAGCGCUGAGAGACGCAAUCAAGGAGCAGAGCUGUACUUCCCCGGGGUCCAGCUGAGCGAUGCCGGUGUUUACAUCUGUACUUGCCGAGACCAACACAGCUCCAACAGGAGUCAUGCUGAAAUUGUUGUCACAAUGCCAUCCAGAGCUAUUGAAGUGACCGUCGAGGAGCCAAAGGCCCAGACUGUCAGAGUGGGGUCUACUGUCAGCUUUAUCUGCACUGCAAAGAGCAAGUCACCAGCCUACACCCUGGUGUGGACUCGGAGAGGUAAUAGGAAACUACCCAACCGGGCCAUGGACUUCAAUGGCAUCUUGACAAUCCAGAACGUCCAACCUGAGGAUGGGGGCCUUUAUGUUUGCACGGGCUCCAACAUGUUUGACAUGGACGAGAAGGAGGCCAACCUCUACGUGCCAGAGGCCUCACAGACUCAGAUGUUUUACACAGCCUAUGAAAUGUUUGAAGGACACAGAAAGCCGGCAGAGGGGGAACAGCCUCUGGCUACCGUCACGCCUUCGGUGCUGACCGUCCACCAGGGUCAGCGGGCCGAGUUCCGCUGCACGGGCUCUGGGAACCCCCCUCCCGCCAUCGAGUGGAUCGGCGGUCCAGGAAGCGGGAUGAGCCCCAGAGCCGUGGUGCGAGGUGGCGCGCUGUCCUUCGGGGCAGUGGACCCGGCCGAUGAGGGGGAGUACGCCUGCAAGGCCCUGAACACUCACGGCGAGCACACGGCGAGGGUCUCCCUCUUUGUGCAAAGGUCUAAUCCGAGCGGACUAGGAACCGUGCCCCAGGUCCAAGUCAGUCCCCAGCACGUCCAAGCCCACGAAGGGGAAACCUUGCGGCUGUACUGCCGGGCAUCGGGGUCCCCCAUGCCCACGCUCACCUGGCUGAAGAACGGUGGGCAGAUCCCUUCGCGGGCCAUUCCCUCUCACGGUUUCCAUCAGUUUAAAAGCAACAGUGUCGAUGUGUUACAGAGACGUAUUGAGGAGCUGCAGGCCCGAAUGGACCGCACCGACAUCGGCACUCUUUUCAUCCCCGACCUCCGGUUGUCGGACUCUGGCACUUACAUGUGUGUCGGCAGCAACAGCAUUGGCUCAAACAGUGCUCCCAUCAAAGUCACUGUCCUCAAAGGAGACUCCAGCUCGUCAGUGGUCACCAUCCAGCCUUCUGUGGCCGAUGUCCAGGAGGGCGAGGACCUGGAGCUCAACUGCUUCGCCCCCGGGAAUCCUCCUCCUCGCGUCACCUGGUCGAGAGCGGGCGGAAGCCUGUCGUCCAACCACCAGGUUGUCGGCAGCCAGCUGCGCAUUCUGUCUGCCGGCCCAGAGGACGCAGGGGAGUAUAUCUGCCGCGUGCAGGUCGCCGACGGCAACGCAGCCCUGCAGGCGUCUGUGUCUGUGUCUGUCACGUCGCCUUUGUCUCGCCCUCAGAGUCCCAUCAUCGGCAUCGAGCCCCACAGCGCAGCGGUGCGAGUGGGCGAGUCGGCCAGUUUCAGGUGCAGAGUGUACAGCGGCGCGCCUCCCGUCAGGCUGGAGUGGAAACUGGCCAAUAACCAGCCGCUGCCAGAAAAUGUUCAAGUCAGCUCGGACAGUUCCGUUAUCACCAUCAACCACGUCCGCCCUGUCAAUCACGGCACCUACCGCUGUGUGGCCAGCAACCUCUACGGCAUCACCCACACCAUCGUGUCUUUGAUUGUCAAAGAGUCUCCUGUUGCUGCCGUCGUCCCCGUUGGACCUGUGCGGGUCAGGGUGGGUGAACCCAUUAACCUGGAAUGCCAGGCGUCAGGAGAACCGCGGCCGUCGGUGUCGUGGCACAGGCUGGACGCGAACCGCAGGACCAUGCUGAGCAGCCCAGUGCCCACGGAGUCCAACGCCGUCAUGCAGAUUCUGGUGGCACGUCCAGAGGACAGCGGCAUCUAUGUGUGCAUAGCUCGCAACAACGAGGGCACUACAGAGACCAAGGUGGAGGUCACGGUUGAGGGAAGCUUUCAGGCGCCAUCAGCACCUAGAGCCUCUGUUCCGGUGCCACAGAUGAUCGUGGUGGAGGGAGAGACCCCAACGCUGCGCUGUGAAGCCCACGGUUUCCCACCUCCAAAGAUCUCCUGGUCCAAGCUGCGCUCUCCGUUGCCUUGGAGACACACGGUGGUGAACAACAGUCUGGUGCUGCCCAGCGUUGGGCGCCAGGACUCUGGAGAGUACAUCUGCAGUGCCACCAACACUAUGGGCACCAGCGAGGUCACCAUCGUGCUCGAUGUAGAGACUCCUCCUUACGCCACCGCUCUGGCCAACGACGUCGCCGUGCGCGUGGGCGAGGUCAUCCGGCUGCAGUGCCUGGCUCACGGCACGUCCCCUUUGACCUACAUUUGGUCCAAGGUGGACGGGAACCUGCCGCCGAGGGCUCAGGUCAGCGAGGGCGACCUGCAGAUCAACCUGGCCACCGCGCAGGACGCCGGCAGCUACAAGUGCGUGGCCAGCAACAGCGUGGGCCACAGCGAAGUGGUGAUUAAAGUCACAGUCAGAUCGCCUCUGGCCGUGCGUGUGUCCCCCCAAGUGGAGGUCAAGGCCCUGGGCAGUGCUGUGGAGUUCACCUGCUCAGCUGCAGGCGGUGUCGAGACCAAAGUCGAGUGGCUGAAGGAAGGAGGCGCCCUGCCAUCGAACAGCCACAUCAAGGACGGGGUGCUCAGGAUCGAGAACCUUGAGCAAAGCAACGAAGGCGUUUACAUCUGCCGAGCGAGCAGCGUGUACGGUCAGGCUCAGGACACGGCCAGGCUCACCAUCCAAGCGCUGCCCAAGGUGAUGAUCAACGUGCGCACGUCGGUGCAGACGGUGAUGAUCGGGACCUCGGUGGAGUUCGAGUGCCAGGCCAUCGGGGACCCGGAGCCCACGGUCAGGUGGAGCAAAGUGGGCGGGGCCCUGCCGGCGCACGUGGCGGUGAAGGGCGGCAUGCUGAGGAUCCAGCAGGUGACGGAGGCCGACGCCGGGCAGUACCGCUGCACCGCCACCAACGACGUGGGCUCGGUGCAGUCCCAGGUGGUCCUGCACGUGCAGUCUCUUCCUCAAAUCGCUGCACUCCCUGAAACGAAAGAGGUGACAGUUGGCUCUGAUGCGGUUUUGCCCUGUGUGGCUUCGGGGUACCCUGCACCUGAGAUCAAGUGGUCCAAGCUCGACGGAGAGCUUCCCCCCAAGUGUUUCCAGGACGUUAACGUCCUGACGGUUCCCCGCGUCGCCCCGGAGGAUUCUGGGACGUACGUCUGCACCGCCUCCAAUAAACAGGGCAAGGUGGAAGCCUUUACCACGCUUCAAGUUCAUGAGAGAGUGAUGCCAUACUUUGCCCAGGAGCCCGUCUCCUACCUCACCCUGCCCACCAUCAAAAACGCCUACAAGGCCUUCAGCCUCAAGAUCAACUUCAGACCAGACAACGUUGACGGUCUCCUAUUGUACGCCGGUAUGAUCCUGUACAACGGCCAGAGGAAGAGCAUGGGGGCCGAUUUCAUCUCUCUGGGACUCGUGGGCGGCCGCUUGGAGUUCAGGUUCGACGUGGGCUCCGGCAUGGCCGCCAUCCGCGACCCCAACCCCGUCAAGCUGGGAGAGUUCCACACGGUGGAGCUGCAUCGCAACCACACCCUGGGCUACAUCCUCGUGGACGGAGGGGAGCCCGUCAACGGCAGCUCACAGGGCAAGUUCCAGGGUCUGGAUCUAAACGAGGAGCUGCAUGUGGGCGGCUACCCCAACUACACAGCUCUUGCCAAAACCGCCGGCAUCAAGACUGGAUUUGUUGGCUGCAUCCGCCAGCUGAUCAUCCAGGGUGAGGAGGUCAUUUUCAAAGAUCUUGACCGUAGCUCUACUGGGGUCACAAACUGUCCCACCUGCAAAGACAAACCCUGCCAGAACAACGGCAGUUGUGAGGUGUCAGAGAGCAGCUUGUAUAAGUGCAGCUGCCUCAAAGGAUUCACUGGCAGCAACUGCCAGCAUCAUUCAUCCCUCCACUGCCACUCAGAGGCCUGCGGACCAGAUGCCACUUGCAUCAAUCGCCCCAAUGGCCUGGGCUACGACUGCCGCUGCCAUCUCGGCAAGUUCGGAGACAAGUGCAUGGCUGGGGAAUUGGUGACCACCCCACAGUUUGAUGGUGAGGAGUCCUACAUCGCCUACCCUCCCCUGACCAACAUCCACGACGACCUGCGCGUUGAGCUGGAAUUCAAGCCCCAGGAGAGAGACGGCCUCAUGUUCUUUUGUGGAGGGAAGAAAGUGAAGGUGGAGGACUUUGUCGCCAUCUCCAUGGUGGAUGGACAUGUUGAGUUCAGAUAUGAGCUGGGAACAGGUCAAGCGGUCCUUCUCAGUCCUGAGCCAGUGACUUUAGGACAGUGGCACAGAGUCGUGGCCGAGCGGAACAAGAGAGCUGGCAACCUGCAGGUGGACCAGGGCGUGGUGGAGCGGAGGAUGUCUCCAGGAAAGGCCCAGGGCCUCAACAUCCACACCCCCAUGUACCUGGGAGGAGUCCCCGACAUGGAGAUCCUGCCCAAGCCCGCUAACGUCAGCGAGAUGUUUAAGGGCUGCAUAGGAGAGGUUUCCAUCAACAACAAGAAGGUGGAUCUGUCCUACAGCUUCAGUGACAGCCGGCUGAUCCGCAGGUGCAGGGACAGCAGCCCGUGCGACCGGCGGCCCUGCCUGAACGGCGCCCGCUGCAUGCUGACGGCCGAGUACGAGUACCAGUGCCUGUGCAGGGACGGAUUCGAAGGCGAGCGCUGCGAGACGGCCAAGGACGCGUGCCACGGCGACCUCCGGUGCCGGAACGGCGGCAGCUGCGUUGGCGGCCGGUGCGCGUGCGCGGCCGGAUACGCCGGCGCCACCUGCGAGGAGGGCCAGCGCUCCGGUUUCCCAGAGGCCCGGAGGAGUGUGGAAACUAGCGAGGCUAAUGAUUCCCCCUAUCAGUACGCUGCUCAUUUCCAGAACGACGGAUACAUCGCGCUGCCCAAAUCCGUGUUCCCACGCAGUGCCCAUGACUCACCAGAGACAAUUGAGCUGGACAUCAACACCAGGUCGGCUGAGGGCCUGAUCCUCUGGCAGGGAGUGGAGACCACUGGCUCUCGCAAUUUACGAAAGGUGCAUGCUAGUAAAAAGGAACCCGGGGAACACGGCAGAGGGAAGGACUUCAUCAGCCUGGGUUUGCAGAACGGACAUCUUGUGUUCAGUUACCAGUUGGGCAGCGGCGAAGCAAACAUCUUGUCACAGAGGUCUGUUAAUGAUGGGAGAUGGCAUAAGAUCACAGCGGUCAGGACUGGGAAGGACGGAUAUAUCCGGGUCGACGGGGGGUCUGCGCUGCACGGACAGUCCAAAGGCAAAAGCCUCAUGGUGAACACCAAAGGCAGCAUAUACCUUGGUGGAGCCCCAAACAUGGGCGCCAUGACCGGGGGGAAGUACGUGUCGGGAAUGACGGGCUGCCUGAGGAACCUGACGCUGAUGAACGCGCGGCCGGGCCAGCAGCCGGCGCGGGCCAUCGACCUGCAGGCCCACGCGGUCCACGGCACCAACGUGCACCCGUGCUCCUCCUAGAGCAUCAACACACACGCACACACACAUAGAGAGACUACGGAGCGAUGUCACACACACACACGCACACGCACACACGCACAGACUUACAAACGUAGAGCCUGGCGCAAACCUGGUGCUUUGCCGCUGCCAAAAACACAAAACAAAACCAGAAACAAUGGGGGAAAAAAAUGUCUGUGUGCAGCAAAACCAAAAAUAGACACGAGACCUGAAGCGACAUUAAGUCUCUUCCUCGGUGUUGAAUUCAAUGAAGGACUAAUAACACAGGAGAACCAGCACAGUUUACGUACUUCAUGCAGUAGUUUAGCCAUGAGAAGAGUAAAACACAUUAGGCCGUCUACGAUGGCUCAGAUCCUACGGAGUUGGAGAUAUUUUUACAGCACUGAGUUUUUAUUUAUAUACAUAUAAAUAUAAGAUUUGUGGGGGGAAACAUACAAACUAACCAUAACUGCUUUUCAACGUCCCCAGAGAUGUUCUGGGUUCUAAUACUGUGUUCAGGGCUCUUUAUUGGCCGGACUAUUAAUACUUGAAGACGUUCAGGCCUUCUUUCUUCACUUCUGUAGAGGAACCUUACUUUGCGCCAGCACAUGCUUGCGGUCUUUCGGAGGAGGAGCCGGCGGUCAGCUUUGGUCCACUCAGGUCGUCCAACGCGCGCGAAUCGCUACCAAACUGCUGCUUCCAACCCACGUUUUUUCCUACACAAGUCAUUCACAGCUCUGUUGUGGCUUUUGUGCCUUUACAGUAUUUGUUUGGUUUUUUUAUUAACAUCCUUGGUGCUAAUGUCAAGCAUAGAUACAUUCUGUUUUUUUUUCCUGGUUAAUUAGAUGCAGAAGGAGUUCACAUUAGCAUCACACUGGUUUUUGUGCAUGGUGUUCCAGGUUGGUUGUGUGACUAAUUGGCAUGGAUUGAUGCAUUCGCCCGCCUUUCAUGAUUGAGUAGAUCUCAAAAGAGCAGAAUGUUGCGUCGUUCAUUUGUUCUAUGUGUGGAACUAUCUGCCAGUCAGGUAGAUAUCCGUAUCAGCCUCCGGUGUGGUUCUUGUGGAUAUAAGGCGCCUCGUCCCACGGUAACCCCCUUACUGGGACAUUCCCAGUGAGACUCAGUCACUUGCUCCUGUGUAGCUGCAGUGAACGCCUCUUGCUGUGUAAUUGUGCGAUCAGAGAGGAAUUAAAAAGCAUGCUCGUCUGGCUCUAGUCGACACCUUAGAACCACAGCUGCGCUCACUUUGGGCUCACAAAUCCUUUUUUUGAUUUUUUUUUUUUAAGCUUAGAAUAUUUGUAUUCAUAUUCUUAAUGAGCACUAACCUUUCACCUACAGUAGACUGGUCUUCAGGUUUAUUUAUUUCCUUUUGUUUGUUGUUUUUUUCAUCACUUUCAUUUCAAGGCUCGAUUCUGCUGUUUUAGAGCGAUCAUUGUUCUUUGCUAUUACCUUUCUGCUGGUUUUUGUGUAUUGCCUCCCACAUGCCCUUACUUUUUGUCCCCACAUGACUGAAAUCACCCCAAUGCGGUUCUGUUAAUGGCUAAUACCUUAUACCUGAGUGGAGCUGCCUGAUGAAAUAGUUUUAUUGUUGAUGAAAAAUGUCUUAGCUCCAAAUGCAACGAGUUCAUUGUUCGUAUUUACGCACCUAAACAGAAUAGUGUCAUCAUCGACGAGUCAGAAGAGACAAUCGUUUUUUCCUGGUAGGUCUAAAGAAGAGCAGGCUGGUGCGUGUGCUUCCCCUUUUGUUCAACUGGAUUUUCAUAUAUACUAAAAACUGCACAAUGUUGCCAAAUGUUACGUUUUGGGUUGUUUUAACACCAUUACAACAUAAAAGGUGCAAUUUUAGUAAUGGUGAUUUUUUUUAAAGUUAUUGUUUAAAUCCUGAAAGGUUGGGAAAAAGAUGAUGAUUUGAAAUUGAACCAAAUGAAACAUUGUCCAUGUCAAACUGAACUGACUGUUCCAUUGCCAGUGUUGAAAGGUCGCUCCCCCUCCCCUCUGUGUUUCUUAAUUAAAAACAAAAUUCAUGUGCUAUUUGUAA